AUGGCCCUUGAACGAGGCCCUCUGUGCCUUUUGAGUACUCAGGCAGUUACAUCCCUUACAUCUUACGAACGGAAAAAUGCAGGUCAGUGGAUCGAAGUUCUUCUCGCACUAUGGAAGCGACCAUCUAAAUACAACAUACAGAAUUUGUCGUUUGUCCUUGAAAGAGUUCAGAGCCUGAGAUUUGAGGAUCGCCCGAUCCCACAGCUCCGGGAUGACCACGAUGUUCUGGUGAGAGUGAAGUUCACAGGAAUCUGCGGCAGCGAUGUACAUUAUUGGAACCGUGGAGAGAUUGGGCACUUCAAAGUCGAGCAACCAAUGGUGCUGGGACACGAGUCCUCCGGAAUCGUGGAAUGCAUAGGAGCCAAAGUCACGACGCUGAAAGUGGGUGAUCGCGUUACCAUGGAGCCUGGAGAGCCAUGCCGCCGAUGCGAUGUGUGCAAGGCCGGAACAUACAAUCUCUGCCCUGAAAUGGCGUUUGCCGCGACCCCUCCUUAUAAUGGCACUCUAGCGAAAUACUACUGCCUGCCAGAGGACCUUUGUUACAAGCUGCCAGACAGCCUUAGUCUGGAGCAGGGCGCGCUUGUGGAACCGCUCAGUGUCGCGGUGCAUCUUGUACGACAAUCGUAUGUGUCACCUGGUGUAUCGGUUGUGGUUUUCGGUGCUGGGCCGGUCGGAUUGUUGUGCUGUGCGGUUUCCAAGGCAUUCGGGGCUGCGAAGGUGAUUGCAGUGGACAUUCAGCGCAACAGGUUAGAAUUUGCCAAAAGUUUUGCAGCGACCUCAAGCUUCCUACCGGACAAUGUCUCGGCUCACGACAAUGCCGCGCGCUUGGGUAUGGAAAAUGAACUUGGCAGUGGGGCUGAUGUGGUGAUUGACGCGUCGGGGGCAGAGGCUUCCAUCAAGACUGGUAUUCACGUUCUCCGACCCGGCGGCACAUAUGUGCAAGGAGGCAUGGGCCGUGAUGAAGUCAGUUUCCCUAUCACAGCCGUUUGCACCAAGCAGUUGAACGUGAAAGGAGGUUUUCGGUAUGCUACUGGUGAUUACAAGCUCGCAAUUGAGCUCCUUGCUACGCAGAAGGUCAAGGCGUUGGAUUUGGUCACUGAUAUUGUGGAUUUUGGAGACGCACAGCGGGCUUUUCAGCAAGUGAAAGAUGGAAAUAGCAUCAAAGUUCUGAUCGCCGGGGUUGAAGACUAGGCACUUAUUUGGCAGUACAUUUGCUUCGUGUUAAAAUAUAGAUAGAGGGAACGGGUUACUAUGGGAAGUUUGGUCUUUGUACACUAUGUUUAUGUAGCUUCCAACUCCUUCCAGCCGUG